AUGAAGGCUUGGGCCAGUGCAGCCUCAGAUCAACCUCAGCAGUCCCAUUGUGACAUCAUUUGAGUGCCAUUUGACAUCAUUAGACUGUCAUGAUGUCACAAUCCAACCCUGUCUGAGUAUAAGAGCCUGAGCCAAUGAAAUGCAGCCCCAGACCAUCUCAGCAGACAUAUUGUGACAUCAUAAAGCAGUCAAAUGACACCUUGAAUCAUUUUGUGAAAAUGGCACCCUUGCAUGCACAUCAAAACGAUUGUAGCAAACAUAGUGCCAUCUGGAAUGAUGAAUUAAAACUGUCUAUUCAAACACAUCUUAAAACAACAUAGUCCAACAUAGUAUCAAAUAAAUCUGGAACUGAAGGGAAACUCUAUUCAUACACUGUCUGUCAUUUGGCGCGCCAUCCAGGCUGACUUGUUUGCGCAACAUUUUGAAACAGUAUGGAAGUAAUUUACUGUGCUGUAGCUUUAGGAAAACAGCUGUAGAGACUUCAUGAAAUCAGCCAUGGCCUGGCUUGAGAACAUCUCCUGAGAUUGCUCUUGGCUGCUAAGAGAAACCCUUUCGACAUGGCCAUGGGUGUAUCCUCCUUUUAGCCUGAAUCUCACUCUACAAAUGAAAAAUAAGUCACACACUCCUCUCUCCUUGCUGAGACCCACUCUGCCUUAUGAUGCACUAGCAGCAGCAGCACCCUGUUCAGUCUUUGUAUCAGCAAGAUAUGCGUGUGUGAUCAGUCCAUGCCAAAGGCCUGAUCAGUACAUGAUACCCAUGGGGUCAAUUCAGAGCCAUCACCUUCUAUCCCACUCGGAUUUGUAUAGGAGUGUUAGAGAUUUCUCUGCUCGUAUGUUGUUGUUUUGAAUUGAUUCGUUUCUCAAUGUUAUAAGUUCUAAGAUUCUUUAAGAGGCCUGUCAUCUUUUCUCAUGGCAGCAUAGGUACAUGUUAUUUUUACUGAGCGAGUGGUGCACUGUUGGUGAACCCUGACCCUUCCAGGAUGGUCAUCAUACCCUGUCAGAAGCUGUUAUGGUUAGAUGAGAUCAGUAGGAGGAUCUGGUUACACAGAGUUCAGUUCACUGAGAGACAGAGCCAACCGCUGAGAACACAGAGGUCACCUCACUAGAAACUUUACUCUACUGCCACCAGUGGGCUAAGGCCCCGGCCACACAGAGACAGAAAAAACACAUGGAGAAUGCACUACGUAUCCGUCUAUUCAUCAAAAUGUCAGUUCGGUCAUCUCCGUCACCCGUCAACAAAUGAGGCAAGCCCCCAAUAGACAAACCUUUGGCACAACCUGUUUUUGAAGGAUACAACAUUUCUAUGAAGCUGGGACCUGAGCAAUCUAUCCAUCCCUCAGUUUACAUCAGCAGAAGCACCCCACACAGCCUCACAUUUAAACCCACAGCCUCAGCUAAGUCCUCUCCCACACCUCUCAGGGGAGAUAGAACCACAGAAGAGGGAGGUGGUGGGCAUGCAGCCUAAAGUAGAUGCACACACACACACACACACACAGAGAAUAGCUUAUGCAACUUUUAUAUAAUGUUGUGUAUGCCAUGGUUUUUUAAAUGAGGUUCAUCCAGUUCACUUUCAAAGGAGGAAUAUCUAUCGAUAGACGCUUCAAUGCUGAGGGUGGACACGCAAUGUUAGGAUGCGAUGCUACAUUCUAACCAUCAUGUACUAAAAUGGAAUGUCUGAGUAUAGAUAAAUAAGGAAUUAUGCCUCCUAGGUAAUGAUGUACCUUGCAAAAGUGCAUCUAAUCUCAUUGGUGUCCUCAUAGCUGAAUUCAGACCCAUUCCCAAGAUACUGUGCACUGUGCACUGUGACCCUCUCUCUCUCUCCUUCUCUCUCUCUCUCUCUCUCUCUCGCUCUCUCUCUCUCUCUCUCUCUCUCUCUCUCUCUCUCUCUCUCUCUCUCUUUUUCUUUCUCCUUCUCUUUCUCUCUCUCUCCAUGUCUCUCCCCCUGCAGACACCCUGUCUGUGUCCAGUAACGAUGCCAUCCAGCCCGGCGCCAGCCACACCCUGGGCUUCCACAGCUCCCCGGGGCCCAAGCGACCGGGCAACACGCUGAGGAAGUGGCUGACCAGCCCCGUGAGGCGCCUGAGCAGCGGCAAGGCCGACGGACACGUCAAGAAGCUGGCCCACAAGCACAAGAAGAACCGUGACGGACGCGGAAAGAACGCAGACUCUGCCGGCUCCCAGAAAGACUCGGACGACAACGCCGCCACGCCACAGGACGAGACCAUCGAGGAGGUCCGUUCGAUUGGUCACCUUCACGUUUAGUUUACCUCUUCCUCUCUGUCUCUCUAUCUUUAUCUCUCCUUCUAUCUCUCAUAUAUCACUGCCUUUCUUUCUCUUUUUCUUGAUCUAUUCAACACUAAAUCUCUCCCUAAUUUCCUUCUCUCCUUUAUUUUGAGCCGAUUGUGUUCUAUUUUGUUGUAAACUCUGUUGUCGUUGUCCCUCUACAGAGGAUGAGGAACGAGGGGCUGAGCAGUGGGACUCUGUCCAAGUCCUCCUCCUCUGGGAUGCAGAGCUGUGGGGAGGAGGAGGGAGAGGAGGGGGCUGAUGCUGUACCCCUGCCUCCCCCCAUGGCCAUCCAACAACACAGCCUGCUGCAGGCUGACUCUCAGGACGACAAGGUGAGACUCACAGACUUAACAGGCCUCCAUGAGGUUUAGUUAGAGUAUAUCAAAGAGGGGACAAUCGUCUUUCCUGUAAAAUCUUUUGGAAAAUAAAAAGAGACAUUGGUAAAUCAAUGAAUGUAUUUCUUUUAGACCAGUUUGUCUGAAAAGGUAGAUAUUUUAUACCGAUGCAGUUUAGCUUCAUUCACUCAUCAUCACAUACCAGUUAUGGUAACUAGAGCGAUAGGCAUUUCUUUGACACUAAUAUAAUUGUUUUCUCUUCUUUUCUUAACUUUGUUUUUAACUUUACCAGCAUUAUGUUGAUUUUUGUUCUGCCUCUGUUUUGUCUCAGUUCCCGUACCUUUCCAUGUAACUGCCUACGCUCUAGUCACACUCCCCCAAUUUAGUUCCCAGCCGUCCAUCCUCAGUCAUGCUAUCUCCUCACCCUCGCUGCCCUAUGUUUUUCUAUGACUAUUGUUGCAGAUGUGACGAAUACUCCAUUUGCUGUAGUUAGUGAAGUUUGACUAGAACUGACUGACUACCCCUUUAAAGACCUGGCCUUGUUUAGUUUAGCCUGUUGCUAUCGUUUUUGCCGGACUAGCUGUGCUUGUGACUGGCCUGUUUCCCGGGUUACCCCUGUUGUAAUGGAGUAUUUAACAGCACAUGUACAUUGUUCAGUCAUGUGCUCCACUGUGGUGCAAGUGCUCAGAACCUCGCUCCAACCAACCCCAACCCCUGCCUCGUCCCCUGUAUCCUCCAUGCUAGCCUGGCCCCCACUAGGCCCCUAUUUGGCCCUGAUUAGGGAGACCACACCCAUUCCUUAUGGCGACAUUUGGAAUGUCGGGCGGGGUCAAAACACGUCAAUGGUGAGCUUCUCUAAGAAAUGAAUGUAUGAUGCGGUGAUGUCAUCAUGUACUGUAAUAUGUGUAAUAUGUAGAAAACUAUUGAAUACAGUGACAAAUACUUUCCAGAGCAUAUUAAUCAAAUGUAGAGUGUAAACAUUAAACCACAUCCACCCCCCCCCCCCCUCUCUCUCUCUCUCUCUCUCUCUCUCUCUCUCUCUCUCUCUCUCUCUCUCUCUCUCUCUCUGUCUGUCUCUCUGUGUCUGUCUGUCUGUCUCUCUCCCUCCCAGGCGGCCUCUCGUCUAUCGGGCCGACCCAGUAGUUCAGAGACACCCAGUGCGGCUGAGCUGGUCAGUGCCAUCGAGGAGCUGGUCAAGAGUAAGAUGGUAAGUCCCAGCCAUCCAUCUGUCUACCACAGUGCUGUCAGUUACGCACGCACACACACACACACUGCCAGCUCAGCUCAGGCCAGUCUGGUGCCAGGGUGGAUGUGACGUGUAAUGGUGCCAUGGCCAUGGCCCACCAGUCAUCUGUGAACCAUUUGAGUCACCACACCAACUGACUGCUUCUCUACAUAAGACCUGGCACAACACUUUAAUGCUCCCAUUACUUUGUCACACCAUCAUAGCAGCAACACCACUGCUCUCUCUGCUAGCACAGUGAUUGAAUGGAGCUCAGCUUACUCACUGCAUUUGCACAAUGAAUAUACACUAAGUGCUCUCUCUCUCUCUCUCUUUCUUUCUCUCUCUCUCUCAGUCCCUGGAGGACCGUCCCAGCUCUCUCUCUGUGGAACAAGGGGACAGCAGCAGCCCCUCCCUCAAUCCCUCCGACAACUCCCUCCUGUCCUCCUCGUCCCCCAUCGAUGAGAUGGAAGAGCGCAAGUCGGGUUUCCUCAAGAGACGCCAGUGAGUUCAGUUUCACUCCGCAACAUCUCAUACAUAGAAAUAGAAAGACUAGAAGGGUUGCCCUCCUUCAAGCUAAUGAGGCCGUAAUGGGUGGACCGGUGAUUGGCCCUUUCUAGUCAUUCUAUUUCUAUGGUCUCAUAGCCUAGAAUAUGCCCUGAGCCAUCAGAUAAAACUGUCCUGUGGUGGUCUAGCUAAUGCAAUCCUCUCACUGUUUACUUCACCUCUCUCCCCUACAGUUAUGUGUUACUGGAGCUGGUGGAGACAGAGAGGGACUAUGUGAGAGACCUGGGUUCAGUGGUGGAGGUGAGAACACAAUCUUUCUUACUUUAGGCCCAUAAGCAAUGACUCACUCCUCUCCAUCACACUCUGUUCACGUUCUAGACUUGGUCAAAGUGCUACUGUAGGUCCCGUCCACAAAACAAUUCCUAAUCCUUACUCUCCAUAUGAAUCUAGGCUCUCCAUAUGAAUCUAAAUUAACUGAAUAGGUAUAAGAAAAAUUGAACAGCUCCACCUUGCCCUCUGAACAUAGUGCGUAUAACUAUCAAAUCCUAGCAGAUCACCACAAGUGGCCUAAGGGGUUGUUUGUGGACAGGGCUAUGGAAUAGUAUUGGCUGUCCUGUGGUCACCUGAAAGUCUUAUCUCCCCUUCAGGGCUACAUCAGCAAAAUGAAGGAGGACGGCGUGCCAGACGACAUGAGGGGAAAAGACAAGAUAGUGUUUGGGAAUAUCCACCAGAUCUACGACUGGCACCGAGAGUAAGACGAGAAUAGUACCUACCUACAGGACUAGCGUUAUUAUUAGUUUGACUUUUAUAUUAGUAUACAGUGGGGGAAAAAAGUAUUUAGUCAGCCACCAAUUGUGCAAGUUCUCCCACUUAAAAAUAUGAGAGAGGCCUGUAAUUUCCAUCAUAGGUACACGUCAACUAUGACAGACAAAUUGAGAUUUUUUUUUCCAGAAAAUCACAUUGUAGGAUUUUUAAUGAAUUUAUUUGCAAAUUAUGGUGGAAAAUAAGUAUUUGGUCAUCUACAAACUAGCAAGAUUUCUGGCUCUCACAGACCUGUAACUUCUUCUUUAAGAGGCUCCUCUGUCCUCCACUCGUUACCUGUAUUAAUGGCACCUGUUUGAACUUGUGAGGCCCGUCUGAAGUUUGCUAGAGUGCAUUUGGAUGAUCCAGAAGAGGAUUGGGAGAAUGUCAUAUGGUCAGAUGAAACCAAAAUAUAACUUUUUGGUAAAAACUCAACUUGUCGUGUUUGGAGGACAAAGAAUGCUGAGUAGCAUCCAAAGAACACCAUACCUACUGUGAAGCAUGGGGGUGGAAACAUCAUGCUUUGGGGCUGUUUUUCUGCAAAGGGACCAGGACGACUGAUCCGUGUAAAGGAAAGAAUGAAUGGGGCCAUGUAUCGUGAGAUUUUGAGUGAAAACCUCCUUCCAUCAGCAAGGGCAUUGAAGAUGAAACGUGGCUGGGUCUUUCAGCAUGACAAUGAUCCCAAACACACCGCCCGGGAAACGAAGGAGUGGCUUCGUAAGAAGCAUUUCAAGGUCCUGCAGUGGCCUAGCCAGUCUCCAGAUCUCAACCCCAUAGAAAAUCUUUGGAGGGAGUUGAAAGUCUGUGUUGCCCAGCGACAGCCCCAAAACAUCACUGCUCUAGAGGAGAUCUGCAUGGAGGAAUGGGCCAAAAUACCAGCAACAGUGUGUGAAAACCUUGUGAAGACUUACAGAAAACGUUUGACCUGUGUCAUUGCCAACAAAGGGUAUAUAACAAAGUAUUGAGAAACUUUUGUUAUUGACCAAAUACUUAUUUUCCACCAUAAUUUGCAAAUAAAUUCAUUAAAAAUCCUACAAUGUGAUUUUCUGGAUUUUUUUUUCUCAUUUUGUCUGUCAUAGUUGACGUGUACCUAUGAUGAAAAUUACAGGCCUCUCUCAUCUUUUUAAGUGGGAGAACUUGCACAAUUGGUGGCUAACUAAAUGUAAAAUAUCCCACAGCAUUGAUUUCUUUCACUGUUCUCACAAUACUCUUCUCUGAUUGGCCACAGCUUCUUCCUGGGAGAGCUAGAGAAGUGUCUGGAGGAUCCUGAUAGGCUGGCUCCCCUGUUCGUCAAACAAGUAAGAGAGAUUUGAUGAUUUUCAUUGGCCAAAAUAUACUAUCAGUAGUGGAUGUCACUGUGCUGUGCAUCAUAACAAGGUUAGUGCUAUCCGAGAUCCUUGGGACGUCCCUACCCUAAACCCUAACCUUAACCCCUAACCUUAACCCCUAAACUUAACCUUAACCUUAACCCUUACCUUAACCAUUUUAAAUUUAAAUUGAAUGGGGUAGGGACGUCCCAAGGAUCCCAGAUAGCAAGGACCAUAAUACAAUUUCCUCACCAUUUCCCUUGUUUUGUUUCCUUGUUUUCCUGCUAGGAGCGACGGUUACACAUGUACAUCGUGUACUGUCAGAACAAGCCCAAAUCAGAGCACAUCGUGUCUGAGUACAUAGACACUUACUUUGAGGUAAGAAUACACACACUCACUCCACCCCACACAUAUCCCACAAGUGGGUUUAUUCCAGUCUCUCGAACGGAGCACAUACCGCAUCAUAAGAGCCUCAUUGUUUCCUGUCCUCAUACCUUGUGUUAUAUUUUUACGCAGUCUGUUUUUUUACUGUGUACAAAUAAACCUAAUGUGCUCCCUGUGGAUUUUAGGAGCUCAAGCAGCAUCUGGGCCACAGACUCCAGAUCACUGAUCUUCUCAUUAAGCCUGUGCAGCGCAUCAUGAAGUACCAGCUCCUACUGAAGGAUUUACUUAAGUUCUCCAAAAAGGCUGCAGUAGAUACUACUGAGCUGGAAGUAAGAACUACAAUCUGGGUUUGAUUUGAUGACCUUCCACCUCUAAUAGCAUGGACUAGCAUUAAUAUUGCUAUGAUUUUGUUUUUAUCUCAAAGUUAUACUUGUUAAAAAGCUGCUAUUAUGUUUUCUUUCCCUCUAAAAUUGUGUUUUCUUUCUUCUCUGUUCCCCCCAGAAAGCGGUGGAGGUCAUGUGUGUUGUGCCUAAAAGAUGCAACGACAUGAUGAACGUUGGGCGUCUCCAAGGCUUUGACGUAAGACUCUCGUGCUGUCUUCUUCAGGGAAUAGAGAAUGUAGUCUUUCAGUCCUAUCUGGCUCAGUAUAGAAGGUCAUAGCUUACUUGAAUUUGAUUUCAGCCGUUAAGCCACAUGGAUCAAAUGAUAAAUGGGAGAAGGGCUUGGGUUUGCUCUCUCUCCCCUUUUUCACUCAUUGUAUAAUAUGAUAAUAGCAUGCUUAUAAGAUUUAUAUUUCAACUGAGUGGCUAAGAAUGAGUCUGAGCUGAGGCUGUCCUCUGUCCUCCAUCCUUUUAUUUGUAUGUAUUUUAUUUAAAGGCCCAGUACUGUCAAAAUUCUGUUUUCCCUGUGUUUUAUAUCAAACUGACACUGUAAAAGUGUGACAAAAUUUGAUCAGUGUUAUUUCCUGAUAGUUGCUGAUUGAAAAUACAAUCUACACAGGACCUUCUAAUCAGCAGGUUUGCAUGUGUGGGAGUUUUGGCUUUCCGUGGUGACAUCACCAUGCGUAAAUUGGUUAAUAGACCAAUAACAAGGAGAGUUCCAAACCUCUCUGCCAAUAACAGCUGGUUUUCAGUUCACCCCUCCCCACUUAGGUCACUCCCAGACAGUCCUAGCAAAAUUCUUGUUUGAGAAAUAGUGUUUUGCUAUUAGCUACUUUUGCCCAUUUUAAUGGAAAUCUAUUACAGUAACGUACCUACUUGUUACCCAGAAAUUAUUUGAUAUUGAUAUAAAACGGCUGCAUUGGUCCUUAAACCUUUAUUUAACCAGACAGGCAAUACAUUGUUAUUCUCCCAUGCAGGGUAAGAUUGUGGCCCAAGGCAGACUGCUGCUCCAGGACACCUUCAUGGUAUCAGAUCAGGACGGGGGGCUACUCACCAGGAUGAAGGAGAGGAGGGUCUUCCUCUUCGAACAGAUCGUCAUCUUCAGCGAGCCCCUGGACAAGAAGAAAGGCUACUCCCAGCCGGGAUACCUCUUCAAGAACAGCGUCAAGGUAUGGAGCUUAGAUCGCGAUCAUCUUCCCUAAUCAAUCACACAUCAUAUUGCAGUGUGUGCAUUUUUUUGGGCUGGACAUUGCUAGGAUAGUAAUUGCUCUAAGGGCCAAAGUCAUUUGAAUAGUUGUCUGAUUCUGAAAACACUCACAUCCCCUCCUCUCUCCUGUAUCUUGUGUGUGUGUGUGUCCAGGUGAGCUGGCUGGGCCUGGAGGAGAGCACAGACGACCCCUGUAAGUUCACCCUGACCUCCCGGUCGUCCAGUGGCGGUGUGGAGACCUACGUGAUGCACUCAGCCAACCCUGGAGUCAGCCAGAUGUGGGUCCACCAGAUCACCCAGAUCCUGGAGAGCCAACGCAACUUUCUCAACGGUAAAAGAAGACACAUCACAGAUCAUCUGUCUAACUGUGUAGUGAUAUUAUGCUAGCUUCUCCCAGGUGGCAGCAUAAUCAUAUCAUAUGAUUACCCCAUGUUUCAUCUGUCUCCCUGUGUAGUCAUCCACUCCAUAGAAUUGGUCAACUUUCUGAGAAAAUAAGUGUUUACAACACACCAUAAUAUGAACUAUAGCAUGAUGUACUGGAAUGCAAAAUGCAAAGAAUGUUUUUAAAUUUGUUUCAUAGCUAGACAGUGUGUACUCAUACCACUGAGUUGACGCUUUCUCUCCGUCUCUCUCUCUCUCUCAAUUCAAUUUCAAUUCAAUUUAAUUUCAAUUCAAUUCAAUUUAAGGGCUUUAUUGUCAUGGGAAACGUGUGUUAACAUUGCCAAAGCAAGGGAAGUAGAUAGUAAACAAAAGUGAAAUAAACAAUAAAUAUUAACAGUAAACAUUACACUCAGAAGUUUCAAAAGAAUAAAGACAUUUCAAAUGUCAUAUUAUGUAUAUAUACAGUGUUGUAACAAUGUGCAAAUAGUUAAAGUACAAAUGGGAAAAUAAAUAAACAUAAAUAUGGGUUGUAUUUACAAUGGUGUUUGUUCUUCACUGGUUGCCCUUUUCUUGUGGCAACAGGUCACAAAUCUUGCAGCUGUGAUGGCACACUGUGGUUUUUCACCCAGUAGAUAAGGGAGUUUAUCAAAAUUGGGUUUGUUUUCAAAUUCUUUGUGGAUCGCUGUAAUCUGAGGGAAAUAUGUGUCUCUAAUAUGGUCAUACAUUUGGCAGGAGGUUGGGAAGUGCAGCUCAGUUUCCACCUCGUUUUGUGGGCAGUGUGCACAUAGCCUGUCUUCUCUUGAGAGCCAGGUCUGCCUACGGCGGCCUUUCUCAAUAGCAAGGCUAUUGUACAUAGUCAAAGCUUUCCUUAAGUUUGGGUCAGUCACAGUGGUCAGGUAUUCUGCCACUGUGUACUCUCUGUUUAGGGCCAAAUAGCAUUCUAGUUUGCUCUGUUUUUUUGUUUGUUCUUUCCAAUGUGUCAAGUAAUUCUCUUUUUGUUUUCUCAUGAUUUGGUUGGGUCUAAUUGUGUUGUUGUUGUUGUCCUGGGGCUGUGUGGGGUCUCUCUCUCUCUCUCUCUCUCUCUCUCUCUCUCUCUCUCUCUCUCUCUCUCUCUCUCUCUCUCUCUCUCUCUCUCUCUCUUUGUGUCCCCCAGCACUGACAUCCCCUAUCGAGUACCAGAGGAACCACGUGGGGGCCAGUGGACCAGGCCUGGGGGCCCCCAGCAGCAGCAGUGGCCUGGCAGGAGGCGGCUGCAGCAGCUCCGCAGUAGGCCCUGGAAGUAACUCUCUGUGUGGCCCCCAGAGUCGCCGGCCAUCGCGCAUCCCCCAGCCCUCCUCCCGCAUCCCACAGCCUGUCCACCACCACCACCCCCCGGGCCCUGACGGCCCGGAAAGGACAGCAGGUACGUGGUCCCGACAGCCCCUUUCCUCCUCCCCCUCCCCCCAGCCCCCCUGCCCUCCUGACCCUGCAGAGGGGGACCUGGGGCCCCAAGAUGUCCCCAAGAUGCGAGUGCUGGAGGGUCCCCGGCCCCGCAGCAGAACCAGCAGCAACAGCAAUGGCAAGUCCUUGGGCUUUGCUGAGGGCAGCUUCAAGGAGAGCUAUCCUGGGGAGGACCCUCCUCAGACCCCCAUCCCACGGCUGGCUGUGGCCCCUCUGAAUCUGGCCAAGCCUCGGGUAGGGACGGUCUCUCCAUUGACCUCCCCCAUAAAGGAGGGAUUCAUCCCAGGCAGCCCAGCCCAGAAAGUCUCCUUUUACUGGGCCACUGCGGUCCCAGCCUCCCCAGCUAGCCGGCCUUUCUCCUUCUCCUACCCCAGUGAUAGUGGAGACUCGACCCUGGGCCACAGGGAGAGCCACAAACACCGCCACUCCACCCACAGCAAGGACAUAGACCGCAUGAGCACAUGCUCCUCCACCAGUGAGCAGUCCAUACAGUCUACCCAGAGCAACGGGGUAAGAGCCCUACUUGAGUCCCAGGCUUCUGUCCGGCUUAUUCCCUACUAACACCUUACUGGCUUGUCCUGGGUCAUCUGAACCACAAGUGCGUACUAAACUAUCUAAGUCCACUAACUUGCCUUUGGUGUGAGUUUUCAUCCUUCCUGCUCUCUUUCAAACUCUACUAACAGUGUUUUUGGCUGGUACAGCAGCUAUCUGCUACAGUAACUCUUCUUGCUGUACUGUAUGUUGGAGUCCUCUCCUCUCCCUUGGUGUUUCCAGUAUGACUCUCUGCCUCUGCUUGCCUAACUUCACACACCCACCUCUGUCUUGGCUCUAGUUUUUGCUGUCCCUUUGCUUCAGGCUAUUUUGGUCUGAACUUAAAAAACAUAAACGCAUUUACUGGGUUAAAUGCAAAUGAAUGCUGAUAUAAUGGAAGAUUGAUCUUUGACUUCGACUUCACCUGCCUGCAAGAAGAGGAGCUCUGAUAUAAAAAGAAAGGCUUGCCGUCUCUCCUGUUUUCUCUUAGCUCUUGCUCUGAUCAUGCUGCUUCUUCUCUGUCUUGGUGCUGUGGGCCUGAUGACACAUCCGUGUUCUCCUUCUCUACUUGCCUUGCCCCUGAAUACAUUUGACUCACACCAAAUGCAUUUCGCCUCACUUCAAGCUUUAUUCAGGCUCAGUCUCUCCUGAAAUGGACUGUUUCUUCUCUACGCUCACUGUCUUUGAGAGACACCCACUCCAUGUUAACUCUACUCUGUCUCUCUGACUUCUGGAUACCUUGUCUUCGCUUCUAUUUGUUGGCUACAAAUCAGAAGGUGUAUUUAUGUUACAUGUAGUAACCAGAUUUUAGUAGCUACAGUAUGACUUUCCUCACUCUUCUUUCUGAACCUUUUGUAACGAAUGCUUGGAAAUCAAAUCAAAUCAAAUUUGAUUGGUCACAUACACAUAUUUAGCAGAUGUUAUUGCGGGUGUGGCGAAUUACUCCUUCUUUGCGCAUGAGCUCUAGCAUAUAAACAGAUUAACAACAAAUGCUGCUCAUGUGCAAUCAAAUCAAAAACAUUUUAAUUUGUUUUGUCUUUUAGAGUCAUUUUCACAGAAUGCUUUGUGUGUGUGUGUGCUCGUGCAUUUGUCUGUCUGUCUGUCCGUCUCUCUCUCUCUCUUUCUCUCUAUGCCUCUCUCUUUGUGUAACCCUACCUAUAAACCCUUACUGACUCCAUUUCCUCCCCUGCCUCCCCCUCCUCCCCCAUCUUGCCCCCUGGCUCCCCCUGACUCCCCCUCCUCCCCCAUUUUGCCCCCUGGCUCCCCUUGCCCCCCCUCCUCCACUGCCCCCUCCCACCCUGCCUCCCCCUCCUCCCCCCUCCUCCAGAGUGAAAGCAGUAGCAGCAGCAGCAUCAGCACCAUGCUGGUGACCCAGGACUACGUGGCCCUGAAGGAGGAUGAGAUCAGUGUUUCCCAGGGCGAGGUGGUCCAGAUGCUGGCCUCCAAUCAGCAGAACAUGUUCCUGGUGUUCCGGGCCGCCACCGAGCAGGGCCCUGCCGCCGAGGGCUGGAUCCCCGGCUACGUUCUGGGUCACACCUCCACCAUCAUCCCCGACCUCCCCGAAGGAACCAUCAAGUAAGAUACAGACACUGCUGCUACUCCAUGUACCAACCUGAAUGAAUGAAAAGCUUUAUCUUCCCAAAGAUAAUUACAUUUUCACAUCAUGAGCUCUGCCAUCAUAAAAGUGAAACAGUAGACACAGAUGUAGAAAUCAUAAGCUAAUCUUUUCUCUUCCUUUCCUCUUUCUGUCUGUUUCUCUUGUCUGGAGCAGGAAGUCAUCCUCGUGGCACACAGCUCUCCGCAUCAGGAAAAAGUCUGAGAAGAGAGACAAGGAGACCAGGAAGGAAAAUAAGAUGGAAAACGGCUACCGCAAGUCUCAAGACUGUCUGACUAAUAAAGUUUCUGUAAAGGUAGAGUUUAUUUGAUAAUCACCUGUAUGGCUGUAAGACUUAAAGCCCCAUUUAAUGGAUUCAUGUUGUAAUUAUUUAAUGUCUGUGUGGUCAAGCUAAUUUGGAGAAUAAACUUAUUUGUGUUCAUAUUUUUCUUUCAGCUUCUAAAUCCCAACUACAUCUACGAUGGUAUGUAUACAUUUAAAUGCUUUUGCAUGGGCUUUACUAUACAUUAAAUGAAUGACAUCUAUAUUUUCACAAAGCAGUGGUUCAGUAAGGCAAGUUUGUAUUGUCUUGUAUUGUACUGCGUACUUUCUAUUGUCUAUUGGUAGCUCAGAUUGGGAUUGUGUAGUUUGCAUUUAAGUAUCCUCCUCCCAGCCAGAACAGUGCAUAGUGCAGGAGCCUAUCUCCUGUUUCUGUAGCGUGAGGCAGCUUGAAAAAAUAAAGUACAACCCCUGGACAGGACGCUAGUAUAUCGCAAGGCUAGUUUGCAUGUGACAUAGUCAAACUCACGUGUCCUCUUGUCUGUCUGUCUGUCACCUCUGUAGUAUCCCCAGAGUUCCUGCUGCCCCUGAGUGAUGUGACCUGUGACCUGGGGGAGAGUGUCACUCUGAGGAGUAAGGUCUGUGGAAGACCCAAAGCCUCGGUCACCUGGAGAGGACCUGACCACAGCACUUUGAGCAACAACGGACACUACAGCAUCACCUACAGGUACACAUCUGCAGUGAUGACAUUUUACAUUACAUUUUGGUCAUUCAGCUGAUACUCUUCUCCAGAGUGAUCAUUGCAAUGCGUUAGAAUGACUUAGCUGUUGGAAGACAACGUUCUGUUGUAGUUGUAUUCAAGUCAAUGUUGCUAUUAUUGAAACUUACCUUGUGACUUCCCUUCUCUCUCUGCAGUGACACGGGCGAGGCAACUCUCCGGAUCAUGGGUGUGUCUGUGGAGGAUGACGGGGUGUACACCUGUGUUGCCACCAAUGUAGUGGGCAGCGUGUCAUCCUCUGCCAGCCUCAGAGUCUCAGGUUAGUCACUGUUGAGUUAAAUUAAGUUGAGUUGAGUUGUAGACUCCUGUGGGGGUACAGUAUAUCCUCUAUAUUCACACUACUUACACACAGAAUAUGAAUUCUUCAGUACUUUUGCAUUUUAACAUGAAAUGUUUCUAUUUUCCCAGAGGCCUCCGACGAUGGGAGUGAAGUGAUCUGGAAGAACAACUUUGAGUCCUUCUACACAGAGAUCACAGAACUGGGCAGGGGAAGGUUCUCAGUGGCUAAGCGCUGUGACCAGCGUGGGAGCAAGCGUGCCGUAGCAGCCAAACAUGUCAACAAGCGGUUGAUGCGGCGUGAGCAGGUGCUCCAGGAACUGAGCAUACUACAGUGUCUGGAACACCCCCACCUGGUCGGCCUGCUGGACACCUUCGAGACAGCCACCAGCUACGUGCUAGUGCUGGAGAUGUACGUUAGUAAAAACCGUGGAUGCGUCCCAAAUGGCACCCUAUUCCUUAUAUAGUGCACUACUUUUAACUGAUCAAAAGUAGUACACUACAGAGGGAAUAGGUACCAUUUGGGACGCAUACACUGUAUGCAUUAUGAUUAUUGAGUAAAAUUUGAAUUAGAAUUCCUGAAUUGAAAUAGAAUAGCCCUCGUGUACAUCUACCAAAUCGGUGGGCUAAGGUUGUCUCUCUCUGGUGCUUUGUGUCUGCAGGGCCGAUCAAGGUCGUCUCCUGGACUACAUAGUCAGCUGGGGUAACCUCACUGAAGAGAAGGUGGCCUUGUACCUUAGGGACAUUCUAGAAGCUUUACACUACCUGCAUAGCUGGAGGAUAGCUCACUUGGACUUGAAGGUGAGUCACAGAGACUGUGACAUGUAGGAGUUCAAUUUGAUUUUGUACUGUAUGAAACAGUAUGAUGUCUAACUGAUUGUUCUUAAGCAAAGCUAAUACUCCCAUCAUGGGUCAAUUCUUAAUCAUAUCUUUCUUUGCGUGUAUCUGCGUGUGUAUCUGGGUGGGUAUCGGUGUGUAUCCCUUUAGCCUGAGAACGUGUUAGUGGAGCAGACCUCUGCCCAGCCUGUGGUCAAGCUGACAGACUUCGGGGACGCCGUCCAGCUGAACAGCGGCCACUACAUCCACCCUCUACUGGGCAGCCCAGAAUUCUCAGCCCCGGAGCUGGUCCUGGGCCAGCCUGUCUCCCUGACCUCUGACCUCUGGAGCCUGGGGGUUGUGACAUAUGUGGUGCUGAGCGGGGCAUCUCCCUUCCUGGACGAGAGCGCUGAGGAGACAUGCCUGAACAUCUGUCGUCUGGACUUCAGCUUCCCCCAUGACUACUUCCAGGGUGUGAGCCAGGCGGCCAGGGACUUUGUGUGUCUCCUCCUACAGGGCGAGCCGGACCGGAGACCUUCGGCCACCGCAUGCCUUCAGGAGCCCUGGCUGCAGCCAUGGGACUCCCACCACCACCAAAACCAACACCCAGGAUGCAUCGACACUUCCAGACUCAUCUCCUUCAUCGAGCGGCGGAAACACCAGAACGACGUCAGGCCCAUGGGCAGCAUCAAGACCUUCCUUCACAGCAGACUCCUCAACCAGAUAUGA